GUGGACAGCUUGAACCAAGCAGCCAAAGAAAGUCAGGACGGAGGAAAAGCUGGGCGGUUGCAACAGGAAGAGGUUGCCGUCACAAAGGAAGGCGCAGAAGUCCCGGAUGCCCGGAGCGAAGCCCCGUUGUUCCGGCAACAGUCUGGAGAAGACGAAGGGACGAACAUGCUUACAAAGGAUCAGCACAGUCAACACCAAGACGGCAUGCGUCCCAGACCUGAUGCGACAGGGCCUCGAUCACACACGGCACAGGCAGAAGCGGAAGAGAUACCCCGCGAUGAGAAGGGUGGAACGGCACCGUGUGGGCAGGAUCGGGAGGCCCAGGUGGAUCGCAAUCUGGCUGUUUCUGAUAAUGCCGAAGCACUGGCGGGUGCAGCGGCGGCCGCGCAGCACAGCCAUGGUGCGCAUGAGCAGCAGCCUGUAUCGCAGGAGCGUCCUGGCAUCGAUGAGCCUGCUCCCAAUACCGAGGCAGCAUCCGUGCCGAGAGCAGAGCCGCAAGCGGAGGAAUCAACCACGGCAUCAUCUGCGCAGGAUCAGAAAGAAGAAGCACGCUGGAAUACGGAAGGUGCAGAGACCGCAGAAACCCAAACUUCAGCCGAGUCCAGGAGACAUCCUGUUGAACUUGUUGAAGAAGGUGCAUUGGCUCGCGCAGCUGCAGAUGAAGAUGAGACGGACAUGACGGACAGAUCGCAAGCACAGCACAGCCAACACCAAGACGGCGCACGUCCCAGACCUGAUGCAACGGAGCAUGGAUCACACACGGCACAGGCAGAAGCCGAAGAGAUACCCCGCGACGAGAAGGGUGGAACGGCACCGUGUGGGCAGGAUCGGGAGGCCCAGGUGGAUGCAAAUCUGGUUGUUUCUGAUAAUGCCGAAGCACUGGCGGGUGCAGCGGCGGCCGCGCAGCACAGCCAUGGUGCGCAUGAGCAGCAGCCUGUAUCGCAGGAGCGUCCUGGCAUCGAUGAGCCUGCUCCCAAUACCGAGGCAGCAUCCGUGCCGAGAGCAGAGCCGCAAGCGGAGGAAUCAAGCACGGCGGCAUCUGGACAGGCUCAGAACGAAGCAGCACGCUGGAAUACGGCGGGUGCAGAGACCGCAGAAACCCAAACUUCAGCCGAGUCGAGGAGACAUCCUGUUGAACUUGUUGAAGAAGGUGCAUUGGCCCGCGCAGCUGCAGAUGAAGAUGAGACGGACAUGACGGACAGAUCGCAAGCACAGCACAGCCAACACCAAGAUGGCACACGUCCCAGACCUGAUGCAACAGAGCAUGGAUCACACACGGCACAAGCACAAGCGGAAGAGAUACCCCGUGAUGAGAAGGGUGGAACGGCACCGUUUGGGCAGGAUCGGGAGGCCCAGGUGGAUGCAAAUCUGGUUGUUUCUGAUAAUGCCGAAGCACUGGCGGGUGCAGCGGCGGCCACGCUACACAGCCACGGUGCGCAUGAGCAGCAGCCUUUAUCGCAGGAGCUUCCCAGCAUGGAUGAUCCAAUUGCCAAUGCCGAGGUAGCAUCCGCGGCGCGAGCAGAGCCACAAGCGGAAGAAUCAAGCACAGCGGCAUCUGGACAGGCUCAGAACGAAGCAGCACGCUGGAAUACGGCGGGUGCAGAGACCGCAGAAACCCAAACUUCAGCCGAGUCCAGGAGACAUCCUGUUGAACUUGUUGAAGAAGGUGCAUUGGCUCGCACAGCUGCAGAUGAAGAUGAGACGGACAUGACGGACAGAUCGCAAGCACAGCACAGCCAACACCAAGACGGCACACGUCCCCGACCUGAUGCAACGGAGCAUGGAUCACACACGGCACAGGCAGAAGCCGAAGAGAUACCCCGCGAUGAGAAGGGUGGAACGGCACCGUGUGGGCAGGAUCGGGAGGCCCAGGUGGAUGCAAAUCUGGUUGUUUCUGAUAAUGCCGCAGCACUGGCUGGUGCAGCCGCGGCCGCGCUACACAGCCAUGGUGCGCAUGAGCAGCAGCCUUUAUUGCAGGAGCUUCCCAGCAUGGAUGAUCCAAUUGCCAAUGCCGAGGUAGCAUCCGCGGCGCGAGCAGAGCCGCAAGCGGAGGAAUCAAGCACGGCGGCAUCUGGGCAGGCUCAGAACGAAGCAGCACGCUGGAAUACGGCGGGUGCAGAGACCGCAGAAACCCAAACUUCAACCGAGUCUAGGAGACAUCCUGUUGAACUUGUUGAAGAAGGUGCAUUGGCUCGCACAGCUGCAGAUGAAGAUGAGACGGACGUGACAGACAGAUCGCAAGCACAGCACAGCCAACACCAAGACGGCACACGUCCCCGACCUGAUGCAACGGAGCAUGGAUCACACACGGCACAGGCAGAAGCGGAAGAGAUACCCCGCGAUGAGAAGGGUGGAACGGCACCGUGUGGGCAGGAUCGGGAGGCCCAGGUGGAUCACAAUCUGGUUGUUUCUGAUAACGCCGAAGCACUCGUAGGAGACAGCAUCCGUCCCAAACCUGGUCCGACCUCGGCGAAACGGGAAGAGAUGGAGCAGGACGCCGUGUUGUUUGCCAACGCGAGCAUCAAGGAUGCAGGUGGCCGACCAUUGCGGCCGGCGACGGCACCGCAGCCAUUUGCCAAGAGUGCCACGAAUUCAGCGGAUGUCCGACAAGUUGAUUUCGAGGCUCCUGCCGUUGCCGAGCUUUGCGGAGAGCUGGAGGAGGCGCAGAGGCAGGCUGCUGCAGCAAAGGCCGCGCUGUUCGAAGAGCAGAAGGCUGCUGGAGCUGCUGCUCAGACAGUGUCAGAGCUAUAUGCCAGAUUGGACGAGGCCGCGCAGGAGAAGGAUCGCUUGCAGACGAAGUUCUCCACCGAACAACUCUUGAGGAAGCGGGUAGCCGCGGAACUGAAAGCUGGUCCCGGAGUGGGUGAGGUUUUCAAGCUGCAACGCGAGCUCUCCAAAUCGGAGCAUGCUCUGCGAGGGAUGCAGCGCCGACAACUCCAGGAGAAGGACCUUCAAUCAUCCUCGAGUGCGGAGUCUCGCCUGCUGCGUACGGAGUACAAGGCGCCACGCUGUGUGACCGUCUACUGA